GCAGUCGAACGCGACAGUGAAAGUAGAGAGCUUCUAGCACUAUUAUUUGGAAUCAUCCUAAUGUGAAAGCAAGCUGCAGUUAAUCUUUGAAUAAAGACGUCAGAUUGUUGAGAAUUGAGAAUGAACUUUUAUGGAGCCCCCACAGUAGACAAGAGCAGUCUUUAUGGACAGCAUGGGUACCCAGGAUCUGGAUAUCCCCCCUCCCAGCAAGGUCUGCUGCCAGGGUUCUCAUCUGGACCUUCUCUAACCCAGCCUAGGUACGCCAGCCCAGCAGGAGCCAUGGGCCAGCAGUACAUUGGGAACCCUAUGUCUACAACAGCUCCAGCCAUGCAGGGCUUCAGUACUAUGUCUGGAUACCCUGCUGGGAUUCCUUAUCCCAGCAGCACUUUAGCAUCUUCAGCUGGGCCUUACAGACCCUCCCAGCCUGUACCUCACCCCUCGCUGUCGACCAUGCCUCCUUCCACCCUAGCCUAUCCUGCCACAGCCCAGUAUCCUUCCAUGACCCCCACAUACCUCAACAGUCCCCACCCUCUACAACAGAGCUCCAACUAUCCUACUGCUAAUCCAGUGAUAUCCAUCCCAAGUGCUCUUACACAUCAAGGGGCUUACCAAGGAUUGCCUGUAACCAGUGUUCCCAGAGGAUAUCCUGUGGGAGCCCCAAAUACCAUUCCGACUGGCCUUCCCAGCUCUAUACCUGGAGGAGUAUCCCCUUUGGGGUAUCCCAGUGGUUACCAUGGACAGGGACCUGCUUAUCCUUCAGCCAGUCUUUAUGGGGGUGGUCAAUAUCCAGGGAUGUAAAAUGUAGUGCCACUGACCAGGAAGCAAGAUCUGAUAACUGAAAGAUAUAUUGGAAAAUUAACAGGGUUGAGAAAGCUGUCAUAAGGAGGAAUAUGAUCUCUUGCUUCAAUUUUUCUACAGUUGAUUUGUCUUUGGCAUAUGAAUAAUAGUAACUCUCACUACAGUUGAUAAAACAAUACAAUACCCAUUAUAUUGUUUAACCAUAAUUGAAAAAUACUUUAUAUUGAUGUACAUAUCAUGUGAUACUAUUACGAAAACAUGCAAAAUAGUGCAAGAAAGCAUACAAAAGAAAUUUUAAAGGUCACUAUAUGUAUUGUACAAAAGGGUAUGUGAAAUUACAUAUGUAUGCAUAUGAUAUUUAUGGGGUUUUUUGGCAUUCCUUAAAGAAAUGCAAGCAAAUGUGCUUAAAAUCCUGAGAUGGCUUUAGCAAAUUUGACUUUAAAAGUUUUUAUAAGAAAAAGUUUCCUUUAUAAUGUUGAAAUGUUGCUCAGCAAUACAUUGUUAUGGAAAUGAGAUGUAUAUGAGAUGCAGGACUCGCACUGAUAAUUUAUCCAGCCAUGACUUCAUAGCACAAAGGUGCAACAUUUCUGUUCAGUGUGUUAACUUUGGUUCUGAAAAAUCUUAUUGUAAACUAAAUCAUAAAACACAAAAAUUAAGAGUUACUGAAGUAUUUGGAACAUCUAUUUGUCUGAUUUUAAGAAAAUUCCUUGUGAACAAGAGUUUGAAUUUUUUUGUGCCAACUAAAAAUCAGCUUCAUUUUCUGUCAGCAACAAAAUUUUGUGCUUUGGCACAAAUUAGAUUGACUUUGGUUCUUCUGUGAAGAACAUUUGUUAAGAUCAAUAUUUAUUGUCAUUAAGUUUUAACUUAAUGCAUGUUUUGUGAAUCUUUGAGCAUAGCUCACUAUAUGUUCAAUGAGUUGUAUGCAGGUUUAUUUUAUACCUGCAAGUUAGAUUUUCCUCAUUCUAAAAAAUGCAACCUGUUCUUUCACAAAUCAGCAUAACUGAUCAUAUGAUAAUUUUUUGUUUUUAUUUUUCCAUUUUCUUCCAAUCAUGUAUUCUUGACUCAAUCUUUACAUCAGGACACUUAUUGAUAAUUUUACCAAAGAAAGUGUAAUUGUAUUACCCAGAACCACAAACUAUGUAUUUCUUCCACAGGACAGUUCAUAUGUACACAAAAUUCAAUGUAAGGUAGCCAUUUUGUAUUCCUGUAGAAAACAGGUGUAAUAAUUUUCUGUGCCAGCGAUGUGUUUUCCUCAGCAAGAUAUACCAUGUAUGUCAUGAUUUUUGGAUGCAAACAUUGUACAGCUUUUUUAUUUUUAUAUCAUUUUUUUUCCAGUUUUCUUUACAUGACCUUUUGAAACCUGUCAGCUUUUUAAACUUAAGGCCAUUUUUAUACAGCAAUUUUUAAUUUAGACUGGUUGUUUUUCCCAGUAUACAGCACUUUAUGUUAUUAUAACAAUGUUGUAUCAAUAAAAGUUAUUUCGGAUUAA